AUGGCACCUCCCAAACGCGUCAUAUCUCCUGCAUCGCCUUCAGGAUCAUCCGGGAAGAAAGUUCGUGCCCUCCCAGGCGGUGCUGAAUUUGAGACACAGCCACCCGAUGAUCAGGGGUUAUCCUCCGUGAGCGGAGAGGCAGUAGGAGAACCUGCUGCUGUUGAAGACAUUGUUGUCGGUGGAAGCACUCACCUGGCUGCACCAUUGGCGGGCGGGCGUGGGUUGGAAGAUGCUCCUCAGGCUGGGCUGGCGGAAGUGGAGUAUGUGGAUGAUCCUUUCUCCGACGAGCAACAUGCGACUUGGGAUGCAAGGGUAAUGGUGGUCGUCCGCAAGGAGGGUAUCUCUCCACAGGUCUUCCCUCUCACGGUUGCUGCUAAUCUCCUGCAAAUUAUUCUUCGCGACAUCAAGACAUUUGUCAAACCUGCGCUACUGGAUCGUGACGAAAUCCUUGAGCUUCUACUCAAAUAUCGAGACACGAUGCUACCCGCGUUAGAGCAAGCCCUUCGAAUGGGACGGUUCGCUGCUGUACGCCAUAUGGUGCUUCUCCCUGCAGGCGCAAUAUCGCCGUCGUCUGAGAGAACCGGGUCUGAUAUCAAUUAUACUCCAUCAUCGGGACUGAUAAUGCCUCCACGACGGCAGGCUCAAACUCAGAUGUCUAUCGCAGACAUGGAGAGUGCUAUCCUCAAAUUUGAAGAGAAAAUAUAUCCUGAACUGAAACGAUACGUCAUGGGCAAGCACCCCACAUUUAAUCCUCCAUCCUCGGCAGUGAAGGACAGCACCCUGUUCAUAGAUGGUAUGGGAGGUAUGUCUGAGAAGGACCCUGCCGUGCGACAAAGAGUCGAGAGUCUCUUUGGUGAAACUGAGGAGGGUGAAAAUCGUCACUUCUUGUUCAAUACUUCUGGUACCGGAAAGACUACGCUGCUUAUUGAAGGCUUGUGCCGCUACUGGGGUCUAUAUGUGGUGUCAUGCUAUGACCAAAAGCAUCCCUUGGGAUCCGAAGAUGUCGAUACUGCAUGGAAAUUUCUUCAAUCCGAUCCUGGAUUCACUCCUAAGGUACCCCUCACACCGACCAAGAACGAUGCAUUGGCAAAUAAUGUCAAGAUCGCUGCGCGAACAUUCCGCUUGGUCUUGCUCGCACGCUUGAGCAUCUUCGAUUUCUUCCUCCGUUGCGCUCCACUGCGUAUCAACGAGGCGGAGUUGCGACGCCGGUGGGUGUACCUUCAACUUCGACCUUCUGGCCUAUUCCGAAAAAUGGACAUCUUCGAUGAAUUAUUCCAAGCGAUACAUACAGUUCAAGACGACAAUGCGGUGGCACUUAGAAUCUACAACUUAGAGAAAGCUAUUCGCGAUGAUGUCCAUGUCGGUUCUCUCUUCUUUGCACUUGACGAAGCCCAGGUCGCGUCGCAGAGGGGAACAGAGGCUUUCUGUUCAUCAACGUCUGGCGGCGGGCAUGGAAGUGUGCUGGGCGAGAUGUGCAAUGCUUGGUCCGACUUCUCUAAGGCUAUGAUUAUCUCUGGGACAGGUCUUCCGCUAGAGCUCGUCGUCACGAACUUGAUCACAUCCGCGACGGGAAAGCAAAUAAUGUGGCCGAAGCUUUUUUCAGAUACCGGAUUUUUCGACGACGAGGACCGUAUGCGAAGUUACAUCAUCGACCGGGUUUGGCCCAACCGCGAAUUGACCGAUACUCAAGACCAAAUUUUGAAGCGUGCUUGGCGCUGGCUCCGGGGAAGACACCGGUGGACCGCUGGGUACACAUUACUCCUGCAAAGGAUGGGCGUCACAUCCGCGAACAAGAUUCUAGACGCCUACAUCAAAGUCCUCACGGGUGGUUUUGAGGCGACGGACGGGAAGGCCCUCGCGAGAAACGAGCCUGACACCGACGUGAUCAAGGUUACCGUCUUUUCGAAGAUCGAUUUCUCCUCACUGCGGGAUCCGCGGAACAUCAGACUCGAGGGGCUAAUCUUCAGAGCCGUUAUGAACGUGGUCGUGCGGAACCGGCCGCACAUGUUCUUUACAGAGUUCGUCGACGCUGUCUCCCUUGGCUUUGCUCGCGUGACGCCAGAAAAGGGUCCUGUCGAUUUCACAGGCAAAACCGAGUCGGUCAAGCAAUUACCCCAGCGCAUCGACGAGCCUCUUGUCGUGGCGGCUGCACUGCGCUACUUCCUGUCUCGUCCUAGCCGUUCGAUGCGAGACUUCGUCGCAGGGCCCAUACGAGGUGUUGAAGAAGCAUCUACCCUCGGGUUCGCUGUGGAGAACGUCGUGACGAUCGCACUGGCUCGUGUUUUCAAGGAUGGCGCUGCGUCGUUGUGUGACGCCUUCACUCUGUGUAAGAGCAACGGACAGGCUUGGCUAUCGGAGCCAGUGCAUUUUGUUUCUAUCACAGGACGAACCACUGACGGCACGUUCCUCUUCGAAGACUCUGGUCUUGGUCGGCGUGCGGUCCCCUUGCUCGGCUACGAAGCCUCCGGCCCUGAGGAAGUCGAGGACUGGUUGAGAUGCGCGAAGAGUAUCUUCUGCUUUCCGGAUGCGACGAUGGGUCCUGAUAUCAUGUUCCUCGUGAGAUGCGGUGUUCAACUCGUUUGGGUGUUGGUCCAAGUGAAGUGUCUCGCAGUUGAAGCGCUUACCGCAGGGCAGACAAGUCUCCGCAAUGUUGAUCUCAGCAAGUUCUAUCGUGCAAGGGACGGACAACCAUACUCUCCCAAGUAUCGACAGGGUCUUACCGAGAAGACUCGCAAACUCAUGGACAUCCCCGGUACUCCAGUGGUGCGAUUGGCGGUGUCGUUCCCCGCUGAGCCGCACGCGGGCAUUCUGGAGGAAGCAGGGUCAGCAGAAGAAAUCGUUGCGACGUUCGAUAAGUUGGUGGAAGAUGUGGAGUUUAGCGAGGCGUUGGCGAUCUUGAGCGCGUACAUGCCGAAGUAG